AUGGUUUGCGGGAAGCUUCUCGCCACUUGGGCAGUAGCUGUCGUUACUGGUGCCACUGCGGCUUGUACAUCAAACAGACACCAGACCGCCGGUGAUUCUGCUGACGUAUCCCCAGUCACCGAGGCUGUUGCCAGUUCAAGCUCGCCUAGUUCAUCUGGCUCGUCUGGUUCGCCUAGCUCCGGUGCCGCGUGCGUCAAUAGUCCUUCGAACAGAGCUUGCUGGACAGAAGGUUUCGACCUAUCUACAAACUACUACGAUGAGGUCCCGGAUACAGGCGUAGUGAGAGAAUAUUGGUUCAAUGUUGAGAAUGGCACAGCCGCUCCAGAUGGAUACGAGAUGCCAGUGCAGCUCAUCAACGGAUCAUUCCCCGGCCCAACCAUUAUUGCUGACUGGGGUGACACUGUUGUUGUCCACCUGAAAAACUCGCUUCAGACAAACGGUACCGGUCUUCACUUCCAUGGUAUCAGACAGAAUUGGACGGAUCAAAUGGAUGGUGUCCCUAGUAUCACCCAGUGCCCCAUUGCCCCCAACGACACUUACACCUACAAAUGGCGAGCUGUUGAGUACGGCACCGGUUGGUAUCACUCUCACUUCUACGUUCAAGCAUGGGAUGGAGUCUUUGGUGGCAUCACUAUCAACGGACCGGCUUCGGCAAAUUACGACGUCGACUUGGGUCAUCUCUUCCUCAACGACUGGUAUCACCAAACGGCAGAUGAACUCGUUACCAAAGCUGCUACGGGAGGUCCCCCCACAGCAGUCAACGGUCUGAUCAACGGCACCAACACCUUCAACGACACCAUGGGCUCUAGAUUCGAAACAAUUUUCGAACCCGGAACUAGGUACCGCCUUCGCCUAGUCAACGCCGCCGCAGAUAAUCACUUCCGUUUCAUGAUCGACAAUCAUACCAUGGAGAUUAUCGCAACAGAUUUUGUCCCCAUCGUCCCGUACAACGCCACGCAAUUGAGCAUUGGUAUGGGCCAGCGCUACGACAUCAUUGUGGAGGCUAAGGACCUGACCGACGGCGACUUCUGGCUGCGAUCCAUUGCACAAGAGUCCUGCUCCGAGUCUGAUGCUGUUGACGAUGUCAAGGGUAUCAUUCGUUACUCCAACUCUUCCACCUCGGAUCCCACGACCUCGGCUUACAGUUACACUGACUCAUGCUUGGAUGAGGCAUCCUCCAACCUUGUGCCUUACCUCGCCAUCAACGCGUCUGACACUUACAUCAGCGCAGAUGAGAAGGUUGCCGUUGAAGUCACAGACAACGCCCUCCUCUGGACGAUGAACAAGACUUCCAUGCAUACCCAAUGGGAGUACCCCACCGCCAUGCAAAUCUCGCAAAAGAACUCUACUUGGCUCACGAAGCAAAACGUUAUCCACCUGCCUGACGCUGACAAGUGGGUGUACAUGGUCAUUCACUCGCCUUUUGCUCAGGACCAUCCCAUGCACCUUCACGGCCACGACUUCUGGGUUCUCGACUCUGGUUACGGUAACUUUGACAGCACUCAGACCGAUCGUCUGACCUUGGUAAACGCUCCCAGAAGAGACGUAGCUAUGAUGCCAGGCAGUGGAUAUUUGGUCAUCGCAUUCAAGACGAAUAACCCUGGUGCUUGGUUGAUGCACUGCCACAUUGCUUGGCACACCUCGGAGGGUUUUGCCGUGCAAAUCGUUGAGCGAGAGUCGGAGAUCACCUAUGACACGGAUGUGCUGAACCAGACCUGCACCAACUGGAUGAACUACGUAGUCCAGUCUGACUUGAAUCAAUAUGAUUCCGGUGUCUAA